UUAUAUUUUGGAUUAUGAUUGACAAUGUCGUCGAGCCAAUAGGUUAUUAAUUAGUAGUGUCUAGUAUAAGCUAGUGUAAUUACCAUAUUGUUAAAUGUGGAUUGUAGUAGGAUCUCAGAAUGUUUGCACAAGCUUUCACGUUGAAAAAAAUGACACUUGGCGUCCAAUUGCUUGAUUCAUUUCAUGAGCCUUGGAAAAGCGAAUAUUUUUGUAGUUCGUAAUAUUUUUCUGUAGUUUUUGGGAUCCAUUUACGAUGGCAGAAAGAUUUACAAUUGAUGAUGCAUUUGAAGAAGAGAAUGACGAAACUAUUAGAGUGUAUGGCUCGACAACAGAAAGAUCACCGUUAAAGCCAAGGAACAAAGAUACAUCGGAUAGCAUUAUGGUCCGCAUCGACAACCCCAAUGGGAGCGCCGUCUUGGUUAAUUCGGCUUCAAGAUUCAAGUCAACAGAUGAUUCCAUAUCUAGGGAUAGUGACUCAUUGAUUCAAGAUACCGGCUAUUACACAGGAAUGUUUGACCCAUCUCAGUCUUGGUGGAGGCAUCCAAAAAUUAGAGAAAACUGGAAAAUGGUAGUAGCAGCUAUAGUGCUUCUUAUUAUUGGAACUGGUUUGUUGAUAACUGGCAUAAUAGUAGUGAUUCUACCAAUGCCAGGUAUCCAGGGAUUUGUGUUUUUCAUUGCUGGGUUCAUCUGUUUUGUUCCCGGUGCUUAUCAUGUUGUCUACAUAUAUUGGGCUGUGAAAGGGAAACGUGGUUAUGACUUCUAUCACCUUCCUUUGUUUAACUGAAGAUUUAUUCAAGUGCCUUGACUCAGCUUCACACAGUAACAUGCAAGGUUUCAGUUCUAUAAUGUGAACCAAUUUAUCAAUGCCAGCGUUAAAUAAUAAUAUUGUAUUACAGACUGUGAGAAACAUAAGUACCAACAAAAUAAUGUUUUGCAUUUGUAUAGUUAUUGAUGCAGUUUUACGUAACAGUUUUUAAAUUUUUGAGAAGUUAUUUAUUGUCUGUAAAACUAAAAUAUAAAAAGAAACCUUAGGAAGUAUGAAAUGUGUACCUUAUACAGUUUGGUCAAUAUUUGUUACUAAACACUGUUUGAAAUGAAACUGUAAUUUUUAAUUUAUUUCUGUGACUGUGUUAAUGUGAUUUUUGUGUUGAAAAAUGUAUGUACAUAUUGAAGCAUGUGUAUGUGUGUGUGUGUGUAUGUUUGUGAGCUAUGAAUUAUGAUAAUAACUGAUAUAGUAUUUUUCAAGUUUACUGCUCUUUGUUUGCAGUGUUCAUUGUGUCAGUGAUUGAUGCACAUAAUGUGUGCCAUAUAUUACACUUUUUAUAUAACUUGUACUUUAAGUGUUCUAUACUGCUAUGCUGAUUGCAACAAAUUUUAAAAAAUACGAAGGUGGAACACUGCAAUUCAUAAACUUUAUUUUAUAAUCUGGCAUGUGCCUUGAUACUUACUGCAUGGCAAAUUCAGUGAGGGAAGGUGGUCUGUAAGUAGGAAUAUUAUGCAUUUAAUUUUCCGAUUUCUUUCCUGCAUACAUUUUCAGUGGAAUUUUUAAGAAUUUUGUUAGAUAUUAUUUUGCUCCUAAUUAAAUACUAUUUCUAGGUCAUCACAAAUAUGUAUAUAUUUGUACGUACUAUUUACUUUUUCACCUACGUAAACCAUUGGACGUGUUUGUAAAUAUUAUGACAGUUAUUAUAUUUUGUGUUUUCUUAUCUAGUCAAUAUAUGUUGUCACAUUUGAAAAAUAUUAAUUCUACUUCAAUCAAACCAUAAUUGAUAAUUAAGUUAUCAAUUUUAGACGUGUGAUUGUAAUGAAAAUUAAAUUUCUUGUUGUAAAUUAAUUUUGUACAUUGUUGGUAGAAAGAGAGUAGUACAUAAUUUAAAAAAAAUGUAUUAUACAAUAUCUUAAAAGUAUGUUUGUAAAAGAAAUUGGUUAUUUUGGUGACAUUAAAUUUUUACAAAAAUACAGAGCUUUCACUGAAAUGUUGAGUAUCUGUAGUUUUAUAUCAAUGCUUUACUUACCUAUUUUCCUCCUUUAUUGUAGUUUUGUUUGUCAUACUUUUUAAACAACAACAUAAAUAUAUUUUCUCUUGUUUUACAUGAAAUUAUUUUGUUUCAAGGAAAUAAUUUCAUAAAAUUUACUAAUAAUAGACCUUCAUAAAUUUUUAUUUCAAACAUAAUUUUUUACUAACUCUAUUUAAAGAAAAUAUUUAUUUAAUUGGGUUGUAAGUAAUUCCUUACAUUUUUUGGGUAAAAAAUAUUUAUUAUCUGCUUUCAAUAUUGAGACCUUUGGAAUUGUCACAAUUAAUUUUAUUUCUUUAUAUAUUGCCACAUGCCUCUUAUGGUUCAUAGGUUUUUUUAAAAAUCUAAAUUAUAAAAUAAUUAAUUGCUUCAGAGCCAUCAAAAUUUAAUUGGCAAAUAAACAUAAUUGUAUAAGUUAACUACAAAUACUUGAAAUUUAAAGAUAAUUAUCAUCUACUGUACACUAAUUGAAAUUUAAAGAUAAUUAUCAUCUACUGUACACUAAUUGAAUGAGUUUUAUAUGUAUGCAUUAGCUGAAAAAAAUUAAUAUAAGUGUUCUUCAUCUUAACAAAAUUAUAUAUUUGUAUAUAUUUGUAACUUUUAUACAGUUUUUUUUUUGCUCAUAAGAAAUACUUAACCUCCGGUUAUGAAAUAUGUUUAAUUAUUUUUUGUCUAGUAUGUUUUAUAAAAUUUAAUAUUUAAUUGUAUUUAAGGAUUUUAUUGGUGUUCUGUGUGUAGUUUUUGAAUUUUUACAAGUCUGCUUUUAUAUAUAUUUUCUUUAUACUUAUGCUCCCUAUAAAAAAAAACAGUGCAAAAUUUUUGUCAAAUUUAACAUUGUGUUUAGCAAAAAAAAAAAUUCACUAAAAUUAGUGAUCCUACUGCUUCUAGUAACAAAAAUUAUUUAUUUACAAAUGCUCUUCAGUGUUACCAUAAUGAAAACAUUUUAGUUUUUAAAAAAAUUAUUGGGAUUGAAUUUUUAUUUUCAAAAAGUAUAAACGUUUGUGCUUGAAAAGCAAGAAAUUUCUCAGUGAAUGUGAUUUGUUUCACUGGUGAGUGCAAGAAGUUGAAUUCGUUCUUCCCAAAUAGGGUUUCUCUAAGACCCAGAUGCUUUCUUGGUAGCUAAUACAAUGCUAGUCAUCACCAUUUUGCCAUUUUUAGUUAUAACUGAUAUUUUAUGGUUACUUCCAUAGCUCUUAGUGCUUCGGAUGAAUUAAGAGUCAAAAAGAGUAAGGACAGUGGGACACUCAUAGUCAGUUGUUACCUGUGUGCUCCAGCUAGAUGCUGUCUGUAAAAUUGUAGUAUGAUUUUUCUCUGCCUUCUAGUUUUAAUUAUAUUUCAUCAAAAAUAAUUUUUUUGAAGAUAAAUGUGUUUCUGGUCAUAGCUAUAGUAUAAUUAAGAGUUGACAAAACGUUGUGUUCAUUGGCGUAGCUGUGUUCAUAAAGUUAGGGGGGACAAAUAAUGAUUUUGAUGUCAUGUAAACCCAUUCCCCUCUUACUAAGACGGGGGGUCCUCCACCGGAAAAUUUUGAUUUUAAAAGUGCAAAAUAGCACUUUUUAAGCAGUUUUUGUAUCUAACCAUUGGAUACAUUGAUGUUAAAAUUAUUAUUGUUUCCUUAAGAUAAAAUUUGAUGUGUGAAGAAAUUACAAUUAAAGUUGGGCAAAAUAAUAUUAUAAAUUUAAAAUAUCACGGUCUAGAAAGUUGGGGGGGACAGUCCCCUCCACCCAAAAAGUUCAGGGGGACACGUCCCCCCUGUCCCCCAAGGUUCCUACGCCCCUGGUUGUGUUGCAAAAUCUAAACUUACCUUAGCACUGCCAAAUGAUGUUGGAAGAAAUGUCUGGGUUUAAGGAAAAUAAAAACUUUGGUUUGUU